CUGCGGAGUGACAUCAGGAAGGCGGUGAGACGGUUUGACGCAGGCGUGAGGCUGAGGUCAUCACGCAGGCAGCGCCUGGAGCGCGGGUACCGGCAGCUCCUGAAUAAUUAGCUUCCCUCUAGCCUGAAUGCUAGCAUCCUGCAGGAGGUCGGGAAGCUCCGUUGAAAAGGAGUGCAUCACCUAAUCAACUCAUCUCCCAGUUUAUAGAAUACCACUGAUUCUGUGUCUGCAUUGAAAGCCAUUCAGCACAGUAUGGCUUGGAUCCAGGAGGCAGAGCUGAACUUUGUAGAGAGGUUGUGUGCAUCCGUUCUAAAGGUUGGUCCAAUGCCUAAGCACGUGGCCUUCAUCAUGGAUGGGAAUAGACGAUUUGCCCAGAAGUGUCGAAUGGAGAGAGCAGAGGGCCACUCCCAGGGUUUUGAGAAACUGGCUGAGACCCUUCGGUGGUGUUUGAAUCUGAAUAUACGAGAGGUGACCGUUUACGCUUUCAGUAUUGAGAAUUUCAAACGCUCCAAAGAGGAAGUGGAUGGGUUGAUGGAACUUGCACGGCAGAAGUUCACAAGGCUCCUUGAAGAACAGGCGAAUUUGAAGAAGCACAGUGUUCGUAUCAGAGUCCUAGGAAACCUGAGCUUGUUGCCGGGUGAUAUUCAGGAGCUGAUUGCACAGGCAAUGCUAGCAACACAGAGUUAUAACAAAUGUUUCCUGAACGUGUGCUUUGCCUACACCUCUCGGCAUGAGAUCACCAGUGCUGUCAGUGAAAUGGCACUGGGAGUUGAGGACGGGUUACUAAGACCCAGUGACCUUUCUGAGACUUUGCUGGGCAAGUGCCUGUACUCGAGCAAUUCCCCAGACCCAGAUCUACUAAUUCGGACAUCUGGAGAGGUUCGUCUCAGUGACUUUCUGUUGUGGCAGACCUCUCAUUCAUGCUUGGUGUUCCAGCCUGUGUUAUGGCCAGAGUAUUCUUUCUGGAAUCUGUGUCAGGCCAUAUUACAGUAUCAGGUCAACUAUCCCGCCCUUCAGAAAGCAAAAAUGUUGCAGGAGGCAGCAUAUCAGCAGCAGCAGUUGGACAUAGACCAUACCUGUGUACUGGAGCAGACACAGCCUGGCAAGGCAGGGGAGAUGGGAGGCACAGACUGCAAACAGGAACAAAUCCUAAAGUAUACCAGGGAACGGGAGGAAAGAGUCUCCAACUUUCUACUGGAGCUAGAGAACAAAAGGAAAACAUUUCUCACAGACCUUGUUAAGGGCUCCACACCAUUUCUACGUGUUUAGGUCUUGUUAACAUCAGACAUAAGACAAUAGAAAGAAUACCCAUUAUGUAAGUUGGUGAAAAAUCAUGUAUCUGUGGUGGGACUGAUGAUGUUGAUCCAGUUGGCUUCCCUAUCCAUAAAGCACGAAGUGCUGAAUGCGGGAUCUCAUCUCUUAAUUCCUUUCUAACAGGUUUCUCACUCAUGAUUAAUGAGCUAGUGAAGUGCAGCUGCCUCCUUAUGUAUGUAACAUUAAGAAAAAGUGAUGGAUGGAUGGCUCCCAACGGAAAUGCAAAUGGCUAAAAUCCUGCAGCCACACUAUGUUGCGAGAUAUCAUACUCUGACAUGGAGGUUGAAUACCUUUUAAUUUCCUAGUGUCUGGUGGAAUGGAAAUGUGUAAUAGCCAGACUUUUGUGCCAACCUGGUGCUAAAGAUAAAAUAUUACGGUGCUCUUACCAUAAGUGACAUUCUGACCCUCCCAAUGUUGUACCCACCAAUUGUUUGCAAUUUGAACUACAGCAACCAUCCCAGCGCUGGUGUUGGUCCUCUAUCCUUACCUCAACAAUGAUUUGAAACAAUCUGUUACCAAUGUCUCUUUCUCCCCAUUAGUAAAACUUGCCACUCUUGCACCACCAUCAUCAAGAUGAUUGUGGUGGCAGUUUGAUCCACCGAAAAGCUGCCCCCCACCCCCCCCCAACUCCUCCUAUACAGCAAUCUGUGAUCACAAUGGUUGAAUGAUGUUUGUGUACAGACAAUAGCAUGUUCUGUAACCCGCACAUUAGAACUGGAACUCAAAUUGCAAUCAGUGGCAAAUGAAUCUCAUCAAAAUCGUGCAAUACUGGGAGAUGCAAGUCAAGUAAUCUUGCGGUUCCCAUUUCGGUUAAUUACUUUUUCAGGUGAAAGCUUUAAUAUUUUAGAAAUGUGAUGCAAAAUAUUUGUACAGAUCCUCUCAUGUGGAGUGCAUUAUUACAAGAAGUGUUUCUCCUUUGCAUGAAUCAGUAUCAUUUUACGGUCUGCUUCAAGCAUUGUCUAUUCCAGUCACAGAAUGGACUUUGCAUGCAGUUUCUGCCUGUUCUGAGAUUAAAAAUUAUGCCAGAAUAAUAUUAAAUUCAAUUGCGUGUAAAGUAUUUAUAUUUUCACCAGAGAUUAGAUGUAUUAAUGUGUGCUGGACAACUGAAUAUGUCCUUAAAUUGAUUUCCCAGUAGCGAAGGGAAAGGCCCGUCUGCAAUUCCAAAAUGGCUGUCAGCCAUAAGACACAGCCUUUUUUGGCCCCUUUACCAUUUUAAAACAAAAAAGAUAAUGGUUGACCUUUUACUUCUGUGCCACUUUCUUCUACUAACUCCAGAGACCAUAAUACCUAAAGCUCUUUUAAUAUCUAUCCCGUCUUGAAUAUUCUCAAUGACUUUGAGUCUUCACAACUACUUGGAUAGAGAAUUCCAAAAUGUACUAUGCUCUGGGUGAAGUUAUUGCCUCUCAUCUUUAUCCUGAACAUGUCAGCUUGGGAAAACAUUUCCCUAUAUCUACCCUGCUGAGCUCCAUAAGAACUUUGUUCAUUUCAAUGAGAUCAUUUUGCAUUAUUUUGAACUUGAUUUAUAUCUUAGUUUGCUUAAUCCUUCCUCUAAUGAAUGACCAGCCAUCCGAGGAAUCAAUCUAGUGAACCUAUGCCACAUACCCUAACUUGAGUAGGGGCACAAUAUGCAAGAUGUGCUUCCACCAGAGUCCUAUGUUAAUGGUACAAGGCAUUCCUAGUCUUGUAAUAACAUUCUCAAGCAAUAAUGAUGAAAUUACUUGCUUGCUGUAUAAAAUUUAAAGUUCAUAUUGCCAAGGACAAUCCAGUCUCUCCGAUCUGCAAUAUAUUAUUGUCUCUUCCCAAGGACAUGGUUUGCUGGAGAAGAUGCUGAAGAGAUUCACAAGGACAUAACCUGAAUGUUCUAUCCCUGGUGAUGAGGAAAGUCUGGUUAAGCUGUUUGCUGGUGAUAUAUGUGCCUAGGAUUUUCCAUACAUUUUCACGAUUACAUGCAUUUUUCAAUUUGACACUAUCAUGAAUGUAUUUAGUUAAUGACAUAUAAUGGGUCCUACUCUAGGAUUUCUUUUCUCGCCUAAAAAUUCUGUGAAUACUGGAAUGUUUAGUACACUAUAUAAAUAUCCCAGCAGCAUUACUCAACUAGCUGGCUCUCUACCCAAGAUAUUCCUGUACACUUACAACCCUGGCAUGUAUGCAAUGUAGAAAUAUGCUCAAGUCGGUCCUGACCAUUAAAAAAUUGAAGACAA